CCCAUUCUCCGUGCUUAGCUUUAGAGACUUCCUCAUAACUAAUUUGCUUCGGUUUCAUAAUGAUGAAAAGGAUUUUAUCUUGAUAUCUUGAAUAUUUCUGCAACGAUUUAGACGUAUAUUUGCUAUCGGACGUUAAACUUUAGCGGACUUCGAACUGAAUCCAGUUAUUUUGGCUUUUGGAUUCACCGCCAUCGCUGAGGACAAAAACAAACCAGAAGCAGAAAUAAGGAAAACAGACCGGUGUUCCGCUUUCCAGAUUUUCUCCAACUUUACCCCCACCACCAUCUUUAGCAUGAUGUCGUAUCUUAAGCAACCACCUUACACGGUCAACGGGUUAAGUCUAACUACCUCCGGGAUGGACCUUUUGCAUCCAUCCGUUGGAUACCCAGCGACUCCUCGAAAGCAAAGGCGUGAGAGAACAACAUUUACUCGAGCUCAACUCGAUGUGCUGGAGGCUUUAUUCGCUAAAACGCGCUACCCGGAUAUUUUCAUGCGAGAGGAGGUGGCCUUGAAAAUCAACCUACCAGAGUCCCGAGUACAGGUUUGGUUCAAAAACCGAAGGGCAAAGUGUCGCCAGCAGCAGCAACAACAACAAAACGGAGGCCAGAACAAGGUGCGACCUGCCAAAAAGAAGAGCUCUCCAGCGCGGGAAGCCAGUUCUGAGAGCGGGGCGAGUGGCCAGUUCACCCCGCCCUCCAGCACUUCAGUCCCGGCCAUCUCUACUACCACUGCGCCGGUGUCCAUUUGGAGCCCGGCUUCCAUUUCGCCGCUGUCAGACCCACUGUCUACCUCCUCCUCCUGCAUGCAGCGAUCCUACCCAAUGACCUAUACCCAAGCGUCCGGAUACAGUCAGGGUUAUGCUGGUUCCACGUCCUACUUUGGGGGAAUGGACUGUGGCUCUUACUUGACGCCCAUGCACCAUCAGCUGACCGGACCAGGAUCCACAUUAAGCCCCAUGAGCGGCAACGCUGUUACAAGUCACCUGAACCAGUCUCCCGCAACCCUUUCCACGCAGGGUUACGGAGCCUCCGGGCUCGGCUUCAACUCUACCGCGGAUUGCUUGGAUUAUAAGGACCAAGCGUCCUCGUGGAAACUGAACUUUAAUGCUGAUUGCUUGGAUUAUAAAGAUCAGACUUCCUCCUGGAAAUUCCAGGUGUUGUGAAAGUAACAAAACGUCCAUCGACACUAUUAAAGACCAUAAAAUAAACGUUAUACACCUGUCAUCCUUCCAAAAACACAGUGUUCCAUGACGCGUGGACUAUCCGAGUUGGAUGGGUCGCACUGUGCCAGACAGCGCUCUUGAAGUUAGUCUUGAAAUGAAAUAUCUAUUUGUGCUGUACACAAGUUUUCUUAAGGGUCAUGAGUGCGUAAAAACAUAGGCCAAUUUACCACAACCUGUUGUUUAAGGUAAAGGAAAUCAAAGUGAGUUUGUAAUAAGUUAGGUCAAAGCCACCGAACAAAUCCUUACACAGGAAAAGAGGAGAAAAAACUACACGGCAAAAGGAGCCAAUCUUUUGGUUAAGUGCUUGGAAUGGGCAGGCUUUCUCUAAGCCUCUUACAGCACGCCGACCUAUUUCAAUGUUGGCAAGACGAGAGACACUUCCAUCAGGAGGAUGAUAGAGAGGAUGUGUGUGUGUGUAUGAUGUGUGUGUAUGCUUGUAUGUGUGUGUGUGUGUGUGUGUGCUGAACGCCCCAAUGGCGACCUGGAUGCACUACUUUAUUUAAGAAAAGGUGUUUAUAAGGAAUCAAUAUGUAGUUUUUAAAAGACAAUCAAUGUGUGUCUUAUAUAAAUGGUACAUUUGUGUUUUUUAUCUGUGCUAGCCUUCGAAACUGUGAUCUGUUGUAACUGUAUGCAAUUUGUGAGCUCCGUCGCAUUUGCGAAGACUCGGCUGUGAUUUUACUAGAUUUUUAACAUUUUUUCUUUAAAGAACCACAGUAAAUAAUUAUAGUCACAUAAUUACCAUUGAAUUAAUUUCAGGAGACAACCCAUCUUGAGAAUACAGGGAUAUAAGAGGACGUGUUGGAAAGGAACUGGCUGUCCCCUUCUAUUGAUCUUCAUUGAUCAUUUAGCUGAUAUACCAACCUUGUAAUUUUGGCUGGAGUGGUAUAACGUGGUCCCACCAGAGAAACAAUAAUAAACUAUUUCAAAUCUGAAACCACAUUUAAAGUGAUUAGGUCUGAACGAGUUAUUAAAAUGUACUAUGGAUUGUAUGUGUGUGUUUGUAUUUAAUAGAUCACCAUAGCAUAAACUAUAUAGUUAAUUAGGAAGGAGAGGCCCAAUUGAGCCUAUCCCAAAAAAAUAAAAAGAAUUCAUAAUUUUAA